AUGGAGCACCUUCACGCACACCUUUCGCAUCACUGGAAUGCAGCACACCAGCCGCGUAUCGUCACAGUGCCAUGCAAGUACCGGGCUGGACGGGUGCUUGGACACGGGACAUACGCGGUAGUGAAAGAGAUGGUGCAGAUAGACACGGGCGAGCACUUUGCUGGCAAGAUGAUCAACAAGAAGCACAUGCAGGGGCGGGAGGCGGCGAUUCCAAAUGAGAUCAACAUUCUGAAGCGGCUGUCGCGGCGACAUGCCAAUGUAGUGACACUGCACGAUUACUUUGAGACGCCGCACAACAUGUACUUGGUCACCGAGCUGUGUACAGGCGGAGAGUUGUUUGAGCGGAUCUGCCAGGAGGCGGCGUUUACCGAGCAGGAUGCCGCGCGGAUUAUGCGGCAGAUUGUGAGUGGUGUCGAGUUCUUGCACGCGAACGGAGUUGUGCAUCGCGACCUGAAGACAGAAAACUGCCUGUUCCGGACAAGCGACCGCGAUAGCACAGUAGCGAUUACAGACUUUGGACUGUCACGGAUCAUCAAUUCCGAGUCAAACUACGCGCUAACGACACAGUGCGGUACACCCGGGUAUAUGGCGCCGGAGGUGCUACAGCGGUGCGGACAUGGGCGGGCGGUGGACAUGUGGGCGGUGGGAGUGAUCACCUAUUUCAUUCUGAGCGGGGCGACUCCGUUUGAACGAGCAAGCGCAGCGGCCGAGAUGGCAGCGGUGGUGAAAUGUGAGUAUGCGUUUGAGCCGGUCGAGCACUGGUGUCAGGUGUCGCCAGCUGCCCAGCACUUCAUCGCGUCGCUGCUGGUGUAUAGCCCAGACCGCCGCAUGACGGCCAAGCAGGCGCUAAAGCACCCGUGGCUGCAGGGCGAGCAGCGCAUGGUGAUGCCA